UUCUCUAAUCAAGAUCCGACUUAUUGUUACUGGAGCUAUUUAUUUGUCCUGUCGAAGCUAGUUGAAUUCGGCGAUACAUUUUUCAUUAUAUUACGAAAACAACCGUUAAUAUUUCUACAUUGGUACCACCACAUUGUAACUUUUCUUUACACCUUCUCUAAUCAAGAUCCGAUUUUUUGUUACUGGGGCUAUUUAUUUGCCCUGUCGAAGCUAGUUGAAUUCGGCGAUACAUUUUUCAUUAUAUUACGAAAACAACCGUUAAUAUUUCUACAUUGGUACCACCACACUGUAACUUUUCUUUACACGUGGCUCUCUUAUAUGGAAGAUGCUGGAUACGCUAAGUGGUUUGGUUUUAUGAACUGUUCUAUUCACAGUUGUAUGUACACUUACUACGCCUUCAAAGCAAUGGGAUAUCGUCCGCCAAGACGGUUAGCCAUGAUGAUCACUUCAAUUCAAUUAUCACAAAUGUUUGUGGGUAGUUUUCUAACUAUAACAACUUACUACUACGUUUACAUUGCCAAAGUUGAAUGUCUCGUUACGCCGUUCAACAUCACUGUUGCUACAAUCAUGUACGUUAGCUAUGCCAUUCUCUUCGCUAGAUUUUUUGCGCAGGCUUAUCUGUCUAAUAAAUCUGCAAAGAACAUCAAAAACAAGAAUGGCAACAGAAAACUGAAAGUUACCUAAAACACGUACAGUUUUACAUUUUCUUUUUUUCGUUUUUUCGUUCAUAAUACAUUUUUCCAGAAUCUAUUGAAGUUUUGUUAGGUAAUUUUUGAUUAUACGAUUAAGUUUAAUCUAUUAUUCAACUUGACUGUACAUAAAAUGUUUUUGGGAACAAAAUAUCGUAUAUACAUAAAAAUUUGUCUUUUUAUAUAGGAAAUAGGAAUUAUUGUAUAUAUAUGUAAAUUUGUCUUUUUAUAUAGGAAAUAGGAAUUAUUGUAUAUAUAAAUAAAUUUAUAAGUAAAUUUGUAUUUUUAUAUAGGAAAUAGGAAUUAUCUAC